CAGCCACGCAGUAGACCGUCAGUGCACGUUGGCUCAUCGCACCGGUUACGUUGUUUUCGUUCCAUUAGUUUUGAAUUUGACAGUUAACGUCGCAAUUUUCGAGUUACGACUUCACGUUUCUUUUUAGUAUUAUAUUCCGCGUGAAAUAUUGUCUUGCAACUUCAUUUUCUGCUCAUAUAUUUGUUCGAAUCGAGUAUUGAACAGAUCGAUUGGUCGUAUAUCGCAAAAUCGAUAUUGUAAAGGUUAAUAACAAGAAAUCGAAGGGUGAAACGAUCACAAUGCCGGCAGACGCGGAGCUCAGUAAUCUGCUUAGCAGGAGGCAAAGGAUCAACGACGAGCUUGAGGAAGGAAAAGAUGUGAAAAAGCAAUACAAAUUCGUGAACGUUUAUACCGAAUUCCACGAGUUAUCCCGUCGUGAGAUCAAGCAGUAUGAGCAGACCUUCAACAGAUUCGAUGAUGGUCAUGAUGGAUUUCUCGAUUUAUCCGAACUGAAACGUAUGAUGGAGGUUUUGGGAGCACCGCAGACCCAUCUCGGUUUGAAAGCGAUGAUACAGGAAGUAGACGAGGAUGGCGAUGGACGUAUUUCCUUCCGUGAGUUUCUAUUGAUCUAUCGUAAAGCACGAGCUGGUGAAUUAGAACAAGAUUCUGGAUUGGGCCAGCUUGCACGUCUUACAGAAGUCGAUGUGGAUGAAGUAGGAGUAACAGGAGCUAAACAUUUCUUUGAAGCUAAAAUCGAGCAACUACGGAAGGCGAGCAAGUUCGAAGAUGAGAUCCGCAUGGAACAGGAGGAACGAAAGCGAGAAGAGGAAGAGAAGGCAGAAAGACGAGCGCAAUUCAGACAGAAAGCAGCUCUAUUUGGCAAUUGAAAGUAAAAUAUGCGAAUCGAAAGUAUUGAGCUCAUUCUCUGUACUUUAGCAAAAUUACAAACGAACUUUUUUAAUUCGAUUCAGAAUUCGUACAGAAAUUGGCCCACCAAGAGAAUUACAUAGAUCAAAUAUAGUUUUACAAUAGCGUAAUGCUAAAAUCGAAC